AUGCUAAUCCGAGCCUUCAUAACUCUGGCAUUUCUUUUCGCACAGAAAGUCGCAGAGACGAGCGCAGACGCCAACAAGCCGUGCUCCACUGCAUGCGGCUGCAAGAAGAGGUUGCACGCUCGCCUAGGACUUUACACGACGAAACUCAAAGAAGCCAAGCAAACAAAUCACCAAAAUCUAAAAGAAUACAACAGUUUGCUACUUGCUGCAGCCGUAGGCUCCCCACUCGACACGACGAUAAUCUUACCAAUACUAGCAGGAAGCGGCGAACUAAUUCAGCAAUGCAACGAACAAAUAUCUGCGGCAGACAAAGCAGUUGCGGCGGCGACAAUUAAGGUCGGGGAAGCAAGCGGCGUCUACAACGUCAUACACAAACUAAAGGACGGCAUGGGCAAACUUAUGAUCAACUUCGGAGGCGGUGACCUCCAAUUGCCGGCAAGCAAAUUCACAAGCCGCACACUAGGUGGUAUUAACGCAAACGCCUGCUGCAGCAGCAACAACGGCGAGGAAGGCGUCAAAACAGACUUAGAACACGAGCCCAAGGAACCGGAACCGACCAAACUAAUAACACACGCUUACCUCGAAGCAAAAUGCGACAGCAACCCAGGGGCGCCAGCAACCUGCCACAACGCAGCGGUGGACCAGGACACGCAAAUAAGCAUAGGCCUCGGCUUUGGCAACGGCGCCAAAGAUGAGAAAUCAGCAUGGGGAGCCGGGAGCCACACAAAGAUGCACAAAAUAGCUAGCACGGCGGUCGACUUUUUCAGCAGCAAUGAAACAGCAGCCCACCAAGCGCUAAAGGCGCUCGCAACAGACAAAACAGGACUCCCCGCAUGCCAUUCCUUACAAGACUUCGGCGCCAUGGCGGAGACAAGAGCGUUCCAGCUUAUGCUGCUGAAGCUUGCAGCCGGCAAACCAGAAGCAGAAAAAGUAGGACCAGAUGAUAGACAAGAUAUCGACUCAGCGAUAACGAGCAGCUACGGUAAAAGUGGGGCAAACUACAAAGACAAGAUAUGGGACCAAAUACAAAAAACAGAAGUGCCACAAGGAAAGCAAACAGGAGAAAAAACAGCAGCACUAGAAAAAGGGGCAGACAUAAAGCUCCAAACGGAAGCAUUGGCCAGGUUAUUUGCAAAAGAAAUAAAGGAAAAAAAGCAAGCAAAAACCACACAAAAAGUUAGUAAAACAACAGAUUGCAACAAGCAAACAGAAAAAACUGCAGAGGAAUGCAAAAAUCUUGGCUGCGAUCAUGAUGCAGAAAAUAAAAAAUGCAAACCUAAAGCAGGAACAGAAAACACGGCACCAGGAGCAGGAGCUACAGCUGGAUGCACAAAGCAUGGCACUGAUAAGCCAAAGUGUGAAGGUGACAAAAGCUGUAAAGGGAAUGGAAAAGAAUGCAAAGAUUCCAGUUUUAUUGUCAAUAAGAAAUUAGCUUCAAUGAAUGCUGCUUUUGUAAGUUUUAUAGCAUUUUAG